AUGGCAACCCCACCAAUCACCGGAAAUAAAGAAACAACAGGUCGUUCCACCUUCGUUGGCCCCUCUUCCUCUACCCCUUUAAACGCAACGACGGCGCACCACCACAUAAACAGUGCAAAUUUUGCUCCCAAUGCCGCUGCAUACUACACAACAGCGCCAAAUAAUAUACCAUUAUUCACUACCACCUCUCCUCCGACCGCUAUUGUUCCUUCAAUAUCCCUGACCCAUGCAAGUAAUUCUAGUAGCGUGUUUCGUUGUCCUACGUUGACCGAGUUUCUUCACCAGCUUAACCUCACCCAGUAUCAUAAUCGGUUUGUCGAAGCGGGCGUUGGGGAGAAUGAUGUAGAGCAAUUGAUUGGUUUUGAUGAGGCGGAGUUAAAAGAGGUAUUAGAGGCGAUUUUGAUGAAACCAUUUCAUUCUGGCUUGUUUAAAAAAGGGAUAAGAGAAUUAAGGACGAAUAUGAGCAUCAAUAAUCCGAGAGAUUUCAAAGCGUAUAACAAUGCCAACAACAAUAAUUGUUUUCCUCCUUCGCAAUACCCAAUGACUAUGUCACCGCAACAUCCUUUGUCACCCUCACCAUCACAUUUGACUGCACCCAUGCAAAUUCAUAGUCAGACACCAAAGAUUACCCUUCUAACUAGUCCAAUUAGUUCAAUUCACGAUGGUAAUAACCCCAUCAGCGACAAUAUUAAUAACGAUAUUCUUAUAAAAAUGACAUCAUCUUCAUUGACAAAUUCCGUUUCAUCAUCUUUAUCAGCAUCAGCAUCGCCUUCUAUAUUAAAUAUCUCAAAUUCAGAAGCUGAAUCUCCAAUUUCUUCAAUUCUCAUUACUGAAUCUUCCAACACUAACAAUUCUAAUAAUUCAAACUCUACCACCAAUAGUCUUAUUAUUAGUAGUAGCAGCAACAAUGGUAUCAUUAACAAUAGCAAUAGCGAGAAUGGUAGUAUUUCUUCCAGCCAUCGAACGUUCAUAAAAAAUCCAACCGUAUCACACGAAGCAAUCGUAAAACACGCAACAAUCUACGGCAAAAAUAGUCCUAGGCAGCUGACACAAUACGAACAAGCAAUCAAUCGGGCUGCUAUCGACCUCGCUCUCGCCGAUCCAACACUUGUAACGCACAAAGGAUCACUAUUCGAGAAAGCGAAAGCGAAACUGUUGCUCGAGGGCUACUCGUAUAAACGUGGUGCAUCUCGAUCAAAAUUGAAUCCGAAUGCGCCUAAACCUGGUCAACGAGCAUCUCGUGAUGUAUUACGCGCAAAACGGAACGCCAACGCGGUGAUGACCAGUGAGAAUCGUAAUGCUCGUAUUGCAGAUCUGGAACGAAAACUGGAAGCUAAAGAUAAUCAGUAUGAACUUAUGCAGGAGACAAAACGAACUAAAAGUGAAAUGGGCGAUACAGAGGGAGCAGAGAAAGCUCAUCAUGUUAUUUUAGGUUUAGACAAAGAGCGUGAGGAAAUACUUAAAGAAUUGCAAUCGUUAAAAGGCAAAGAACGUAAACAUCAAUGGUACGAGAAGAGGAAAAAAGAACGAAUGGAUUCGGGAUUCGAAGAAGGCCUCGAAGAUAUGAUGUAUAGUGGCGAUGAUCAAAGUGUCACCAGAUUGCAACUUGGUGUUUACGCCAACCAGCAACCUUUCUGUUUAUACUCGUUCCCCAUACCACCACAAGAAGGCUCUUUGUCACCCAUUCGGGCAGAUUCACAACAGACACAAGGAUUUUAUCGUCUACGAGAUUUAGACGUGUUAUUUUUUGAGUCACGCGUUGGAUAUAUCUAUAAUUCGGGAAAGAUACCGAAAGUGUAUUUCGAUACACCUGGCUACUGUGUUCAGGAAUGUUCAGGAGAUUUAUAUUUGUCGGCUCGUGCUCUAAAUUCAACCGCCACUCGACUUGGUAACCGUUUGCUAGCGGAAUUUUGUAAAUUGGGUAGACAAGAAAUAUUAGCAGGUCACGCUGAGCAUUUGUUAAAUAGUAUUUCAAUUUCUCGAGGGCCUUUUGUCGAGACAGAGUUUGAGUUUGUCCCCAUGGACUCUAGAAACAAUAUAAUACCGUCACCCACAUUGACCCCUAGAAUAUCAACUCAGCAUAGUCCACCACAUUCAUUUCGUGAAUACUCACCAUUGAUCACGUCUUCACCAUCGUCAUCAUCCACUGAACAUCAUCUUUGUGCCCCUUCCUCUCCUGUUAACACAAGAAAACGCAUGUCACUUGAAGAAGUUCUUGAUAAUGAUGAAUCUGAUAACAGAAAGUAUACAUCAAGGAUAGCGUCGCCGGUCGAACGCAUUGUUUCUCCUAAUGGAUCAGAUAGAGGAAAUCUCUUGAUCAAACAAGAAUCAUCAUCACCAAUUCUUUCGGGAAGUGAACAUUCAUCCAACCCAUCAUCUCCAAACCACUUUUCAAAAUCAUCUCCUCAAUCACCUGCAUCUCCAAACGCAUCAACAACAACAGAUCUAUCUCCAUUGAUUGAUGAUGACACACGUAUGCGAAAGAAAAGGAAAGUUACGAUUUCACCAAUCACUUCGAAUAAUAUUAAAGUGACCAAUAAUCCAGAAGUUAUGGAACAAGUUCGUAAUACGCUGAAAUUGAAACAACAACAAAAAGCUAUCAUAGAAGCGAGGCAACAAGCCCAGAAGCAACAAAUUUUGCAAAACCAGCAGCAAAAUGAUAGACGACAUUCAGCUGCUGUCUCUAAAAGCAGUAGUGCUGCUGGUUUGGAGAAAGCCAAUAAUACCGGAACAAUUUUAAAGCGUACGCAUAACAAAAGAAACUCGAGAAAUCUUAGUGUAAUUGCGCCACCUUACAAUAAUGGACAAGUGAACAACAUUUCCUCGUCAAGCUCUGCACGUUUUAGUCCAUUACGUGGCGGAAUACCUGCACAGCAAAAAUCUCCAAAUAACUAUAACUUGAGUCACAGUAAUUCACCUAUUGCUACUCCAAUUACACCAACAAUGAAUAGCCGUCCUUCAUCAAGACUUAGUGUUUCUGGAUAUCCGCUCUCUGCCAAUUCUGCUUUUCGUCCAGCACAAUCAAUUAAGAAUAAUAACAUUAGUGAUAGCACGCAUUCAGCGUCAAGGAGUGCUAGUAUCAAUGGUCUCAUUUCUCCACAGAAUGUUGAAUUUCCAUCUUCGAGUUCAUCAUCAGCAAAUAUCAUUUCCCCCGGAGUAUCCGGUAAUGCUAAACAACAAGAAGAGGAGUCGUCUUCCUCAAUGGCACAAUCGCAUGACUUGGUCCAUGCAGACCGAAAUAACAAAGAAUCUUUCAUAAAUUUAUUUGAUUCAUUAUAUGAUACCGUUGCUGAUAGCCGUAAUCUCAAAUCAACUCUCGAAGAUCAAAUUCGAAAAUCUUCAACUCUGCUGCAAACACUUCAAGCAUCCGGUUCCAUGGUUGAAAGUUUAGUACGUGGACACUUUAGAGAGAUGCAGCGAGACAUUGUUAAAGAUUUGAUGACACUUGAAAAACGUAUCACCAAAGUAGAAAAAGAAUUACGACAAAGUUCUAUUGUGAGUAUGAGUCUUAGUCCACCUCUUGACCCUGAUAGGCGCUUUAGUGAUAUCAGUUCCGCCAGUUAUGAUAUGGGUUACCCGCAUCAUCAUCAUCUCAAUCAUCGCCCCUCCACCACUACUUAUAGUGGAAAUAGUAGUUAUGCUUCAAGAUCCCUCUAUACUCCCCCAAUUCAUGUACAUCCAGCUGUUGGUGGUGCUAGUCCGCCAUUAUCUGCCACUAUGAACGGGGGAGGAUCAGAUAACUUCAAAGAUUAUCCUAGUAUGUUGAGUGCUUUACAGGAAAGAUUGGAAUCCUUGGAAAGAAGAAUGUCCGUCCCAUAA